GGAUCUAAGCUAUGAAGUUAGUAAUAAAAAGAAGUCGGUAAUACAGAUACCUAGAAUUACGUCAACUUGACAACUGAUCUGUCAAAAACCAAUUAUGCCAAAAAGCAAUAAACAACGGGGUAAUUGAUCUGAUCUACUUUUAUUAAACGGGCAAUUUAGAGUCGUCGCGCACAAAAAUGCCAUCAUCAUUAUAUUUUUAACGUUUCACCUCCUACGAAAGUAACGAAAAUGCUUUCUUAUGUGCCAGGAAUAAGCUCGAACAAAAACAGGUGAGAUGUCCCUUUAAAACCCUACAAUGUCCGGCCACGCAGUGGUCGUUUGGGAGUACGAAACCCGUCCCGGGCAAUGGAAACCUUACAGUCCACCGGUAACCCAACAUUUAGAACGAGCUAAUGGGAAACAACUCACUCGAGUACUUUUAUCAGACGCGGAUCCAUCUCUAUUAAAUUACUACGUAAAUUUGCGCACCUUAACGCAAGAAAAUGAAGAAACGGAAGAAAUUAUUAAAGUACGUAGAAAAUGUUAUCCGUUAACUUCCCCCGCGGGAAAAGGGGCUAAAUGGGAAUACGCCGGAUCAGAUAACACCGAAUGGUAUUCAUUUGAUACCGAUAUACAAUGUUUAAUUGAAGAAGCUUGGGCGAAAGGUGAUCAAACAAUAGAUAUGAGCAAAACUCAUCUUGGGUUCCCAUAUGUGAUAAACUUUAGUAAUUUAACCUUACGAUGGUUAUCAAACGGAUAUAUCCGAAGUGUAAGGCGCGUUAAACAAGCCCCAUAUCCUUUAGUAAAAAUGCGAUUGGAUGAUUUACCCACGGUAACCGGUCGGAGAACUAACGAUCAUCGUAAAUCAACCCGAGCUCCUAAUCCCGCCACAAAAACAGUUACUGAAACUAAUAAAACCGGAAAUAACGCAACGAAUAAUAAAAAUAACAAGAAAAAAAAUAAAAAUAACGAAUCGAGUAAUUUGGCACGAACCAUUUUAAAUAAUAUUUUUGGGCAUAAAAAUUCUACAUCGAGUAGUAACACAAAUAAUAUAAGUAUAAGUAAUAAUCAUUCGAAUAAUCAAGGAAACAAUUUAAAAGAUAGCGUUUUAGACGCGGAUAGUUCGAGUACUAAAUCAGGUCGUCGGACUUCUUUGGAUACGGUAUCGACGUAUUUAAGCCAAGAAAGCCGGGAGAGCCAAGCAACUUCAUCAACCGCUGAAUUAUUAAAUUCAUCAAGUGGAAAUAGCGAUGAUGGUAUUGAUAAUGAAGUGCCUUCAAUCGUUGGGAUUGAUCCGUCAUCGGCGAUAAUCUCAAAAUUUGUUCGAUUGUGCCAACAGAACGAAUGGGCCCCAAGACAACCUUGUCCUGCUUGCCGACAACUUUUAAAACCCAACACGGUUGUUGUGGCUCUCCCUUGUAAUCAUUACAUUCAUUUAGAUUGUUUAAAUUACGAUUUGACCCAACAACAAGCAGCAGGGCCCCAUUUACACAUUCAAUGUCAGGUUUGCGGGUGUAUUUAUGGGGAAAAACAUGGUAACCAACCACCGGGAAGUAUGGAAUGGGGUGUUAUUGAUCGGUGUUUACCUGGUUAUUCUAAUUGUCGGACUAUACAAAUUGUUUAUAACAUUCAAUCAGGGAUUCAAGGCACUAAUCACCCAAAUCCAGGGAGGGAAUAUUACGCCGUUGGUUUUCCAAGGGUCGCUUAUUUUCCAGAUAACCCAAAAGGACGUAGAGUUUUGAGAUUAUUACAAAUCGCAUGGAAACGUCACUUAGUAUUUACGGUAAGUCGAUCGCACACGACUGGAUGCGAAGAUGUUGUGGCUUGGAAUGUGCCUCAUAAAACGGAAAUUGGGCCAAGCAAUUCAGGGCAAGGUUAUCCGGAUCCGGGGUAUUUAACGAGUUGUAUCAGGGAGUUGGAGGCUUUAGGAAUCGUUGAUGAAAGAUAAAAAGGAAUUAUAUUUAAGUCUUCCUCCAGCACUUAUUAUAUUUGCAGAAAAUGAAAAAGAUUUUAAUUAGGAAUACUAAAAUGUAUAUAAAAAGAUUUAAAUAUGUUUUUUAAAAAAUAUUUAGAGAAUAAAAUGCAGCUAUUAGUGUAAACAAAAAUAAAAAUUAAACAAAAAACUUUUAGCAAUAAAUUUUCUGUGAUAGAAACAUAAAAAGGAAAUUUACAACAUAAAAACAUUUUUAAUAAAUAAUUUUGUGCCAGAUUUAGUUUAUCUACCAAUAGAACCUAGACGAUAGAGUAAAUAGACUGUUUGAUUUAUUUUGAUUAAAAAUCUAAAACGUAACUAGAAUAAGUCUUAGUUAACGCACAAUUUGCAAAGACUGUACAUUUCAAAUAUUCCAUAAACAGCUCUCUAAAGGCAGCUAUUUCCAAUGUAUAAUAUUUAUUUGAAGAAAAAAUAAACGUUUUAUGAUUUA